GGCCACUGCUGAUAUUUUGGAUCCAGAUUUUUUUCUUUUCUUUUCUUUUCACUCCCAGAAAGUAAACUUAAAUAUCUACACACCAUCACCAUCUCCAUCAUCAUCCUCUCAUUACAAUCCUUCUUUUAAGCCCAGUUGUUCCAACAAAAUCCCCACUAUAAUUCCCACACAGCUUUGCAGAAAGGAGCAACCUUCAGUUGGAGAUAAUGGAGAGUCAGAUUGUUAGCCGAAGGGUGAACAUGAUCGCUGCCCACUUAGCUGCCCAUGAAGACAUUUCCACCGCCCCCACUCAUGUCUUUCCUGUGAUUUGCAGCAGUAAUCUGAACUCGGUAAUCCGGAGGUGUGACAACAGAAUGUACUUUGCAAGACAGGGUUCGAGUUCCCAAGGUUGUUUCAUGAGGCCGAGUUCAUAUGAGCAGGGAAAUCCAUCUGCAAUUCCUCCUAAAUCUAUCGGUUAUGCAAACACCGCCUCUAAUGCUUCUGAGGCACCAAUGUUCUCUAGACCUUCCAGUGUGGAACCCUCUAAGUGUUCUCCUGAAGCUCCUAGAUUUGCGAGGCCUCGUGGAACAACAGCUCAAGAAUCCCGAGUUCAGUCCAGACCAAGAAAUUAUGCUUCUGAAACUAAAGGGUGGUCUCCAAAGAUGGAUGUUGCAGAGUCGAGAUUGAACUAUAUGAUCAUGGUGGAACUUCCCGGUGUCAAUGUUAGUGAUAUUAAAGUGGAAGUCAGUGACCAAAACCUGAUGAUAUCUGGAAACCGCCCAGCCCCGUGGAAAGUGGCAACUUAUUUAUGUGACUCGGUAUCUGCAUAUCACAAACGGGACAUUUUACAGGGACCAUACCAGUUAGCAUGGCCUCUUCCCUCUAAUGUGAACAAGGACAGUGUCUCAGCUGAGUUUUUUGAUGGGCUCUUGAGGGUUAUCGUUCCAAAGCUUUCGUAAUCCAGGCAGCACAGUUCUAGGUGCAGAUGCCCGAGUUUUACUUACGAGUGUUUAUACACAUGAUGUUUGUAUACUUAUGAGUGUUUAUACACAUGAUGUUUCUACUAUGAUUAUGCAGUAUCUAGUGUUUGUCUGUGUAAGUAUUAUUGAACAUUAUGGCCAUCAAUAUCAGUGAUGAAAAUGUUAUGAGCUAUGACUUUGUUCAUAAAAA